ACACUGGCCUGGUCUCCUUUCACUGUGCGUAGGUGCUUUGGUCUGCUGGGAACGCCUGGGGUGGAGGAGGGGGACACUGGGAUGAGGUGGCAGCCCUGUUCUGAUGACAUGGUCAUUACUGCUGGAGGAGAGCAAGUUCCUUUUAGUGUGCAUGGUUGUUCAGGGCUGCUCUGAGUUUGUGUGUUGCCUGAAGCCACAAUCCCAGCCCUGCAAGCACUGUGCUGUCCUGUUGCUUUAAACCAGGCUGUUAAAAAAGUGUUUUUUUUCCUGCCUGGAGCAGAAACGUGCAGAGAGCUGGAGAAGCUGGGAGAAGGCCCCAAAUCCCUAACCCCAGCAACCUUUCCUGCUGACACUGCUGGGUUUCUGUGCUGUGUUCCCCAGAAUAAGGCUCAAGGGAGCUGCUGGGGAAAAUGGCAGCCAGAGGGGUUGGUGUCCCAAUGCCUGACAACCUUUGCUGUUAAGCAGUUCCCCAGAUCCAACCUCAACCUCCUCUGGUGCAACUUGAGGCCGUUUCCUCUGCUCCUGGUGCUUGUUCCUGGGGAGCAGAGCCCGACCCCCCUGGCUCCAAGCUCCUUUCAGGCAGUUCAGAGAUCAGAAGGUCUCCCCUCAGCUCCUGUUCUCCAGCUGAACCCCCCAGGUCCCUCAGCCGCUCCAUCACACUUGUGCUCCAGCCCCUCACCAGCUCCUUUCUCUUCUCUCCACUCGCUCCAGCACCUCAAGGAAUUUCUUGGCAUGAGGGGCCCAAAACUGCCCCAAGUAUUUGAGGUUUGGCUUCCCCAGUACCCAGUCCAUGGGUCGGUCACUGCCCUGGUCCUGUUGUCCAUGGGGCUGUGUGGUUCUGCAGGGGCUGGAUGGGACAAAUCCCCAACAUUCGGUGUCAGGAUGAGGCUUCCCGGGCUCAGGCCAGGUUGGGGUCACUCCGGGGAGGGUUUGUUGCCAGCAGCAGGCAGACAGGAGUGUGUCGGGGCUGUGAUGCCAGGUACUGGGCAGGUCCCUUUGCAAACCCCACAGCGUCUGGUGGGAAAACAGAGAUUGGAGAGGGGUUUGGGCCGUACCCAGUUCUUUGGUGUUUGAUAAGCAUUCGCCAUGUCCAAUGACCGGACUGAAAUUCCUGAUCAUCUGGAGGAUGAGCAGUUCCCAUCCACCCUCAUGGGGAAGAGGCAACAUCCCAGCUGGGGGGCACCAGCAGCUCCAGACCGUGGCAGCUCCGCAGAGGCCGUCUCGGGGCUUUUUUCAGUGCACCCUGGAGUUCGUGGUGGUUGUUUUUAUUAGGGUGUCCAAAGCCCGUUUUAAGUUGUCUGAGAGCACCCCCUCCUGGGCAUGGCAGAAAAGCACCGAGGAGAAAACUGAAGGAAGAGCUGCUGCUGGGUGUUCUGGGCCAUCUUGCCUAAAUCAGCAUCUUGAAGGUGGCUCUGCAUCCUGCCAGGUGCCUGACAGGCGGUACGGAGACACCCAGAAGGAAAGGACACUGCUUUUCCCUGCUGGGAAACAAAAGGGAAAGGGAAAGGGAAAGGGAAAGGGAAAGGGAAAGGGAAAGGGAAAGGGAAAGAAAAGGUCGGGUGGGGCUGCUGCGGGUGGGGCAAGGGCUGCUGUGAGCCCGAGGACCAGGACGCGGUGCCCGUGGCCACCAGGCCAUGUCCACCUUCCACCCUGCUCACAGCCCUGCACAGCUUCCCAAUGCCUUUCCUGGAGGUUUCUGAUGGGGUGGGGAGGCAGGGGGUGCUCGGCUGGCCGGGGGGCAGCUCUGGAGUCUCCCAGACGCCUCACCCUGGCACCGAAGCUGCUGCUGCCCAUCCAGGCCCCCUGCAGUGAAUCAACCCCAUGACUUGUCUGAUUGUAUUUUGAAUCUUGGCAUGGCCUGCAGUGACCUGCGACGAAAAAUGAGGUGUCACCAGCUACAAUGUAGCUCUCAAAAGACAUCCUUCUGCUUGAUGAACCGCAGGGAAAGGCAUCCUAAACCAGGCACCUUGACCUUGUUUUCAGCCCAGGUUCCCAGUGCUGGUGCACACGGGAGCCAGUCACUGCACAUCUGCCACCAAGGGGAAUCGCCUCCGAGGCCAACUGUGCCAUGGGGAAAGGAAAGGGUUAAACAUCAGAAGAGUUUGAUUUAGUACACAACACGGAUAAAGGCAUUCUCUCUGCCAUUAAAACUGAGGGUAUUUAAUUCAGUAAAGUGAGAUUUCAUUCCCCAUGACUUGGCUGGUUGUAUUUUGAAUCUGGGCACGGGCUGCAGUGACCUGCAACGAAAUACGAGGUGUCACCAGCUACAAUGUAGGUGUUAAAGUGGGAAAGGCAGGAGGGAGCCUCAGCAUCUCCCAUCCCGUGGAUAACUUCAUCACAAAGGACCAGGGCGGCACCCGCUGGCUCCUGGGGCGGCUGUUGCCGGGCAACAGAGACACUAUAUUGUCCCCUGUCACCUGUGCCCCUCGCCCAUUUGGUCACUGGCCGUGGUGGGAUCACUUGCCGUGGUGGGAUCACUGUGGUGGUGGACUCAUUUUGGCAGUUGGACCACUUUUGGUGGUGGGAUCACAUUUGGUGGUUGCAUCACUUUUGGUGUUGGGAUCACAUUUGGUGGUUGCAUCACUUUUGGUGUUGGGAUCACAUUUGGUGGUUGCAUCACUUUUGGUGUUGGGUUCACAUUUGGUGGUUGCAUCACUUUUGGUGUUGGGAUCACUUUUGGUGGUUGAACCGCUUUUCGUGGUUUGAUCACUUUCGGCACUUGGAUCGCUUUGGUGACUGGAUCGCUUUCAUCACUCGGAUUGCUUUUGGAACUUGGAUCUGUUUUGGUGACUGAUCGCUUUCUGUGGCAAGAAGGAGCAGGAGAAAGGCUGCUGGCUGUCCAUCCCUCCAAGAUCACCUCCGGACAGAAAAGCUCCUGUCUCCCUACUUCGGGUUCAGUGUUUUCACGCAGAACAGCAGCGAUGGCCACACGCAGUCUGUUGGAAAUGCUGGACGCUGCCAUCGGGACACCCCAAGUUGGGGUUGUGGAUUUCGUGGCGCUCCACAAGCUGCUGAAAGCCAUGAUCAUCGGGCAGCAGGGUCAGCAGGAGGUGCAGUGCGGCCUGGCAGAGGACAUGCGGGCCAUGCAGAAGGCGCACUCUGGCAUGGCAGAGGACAUGCGGGAGAUGAAGGAGGCGAUGCAGGAGGCGCAUUCUGGAAUGGCACAGGACAUCCAGGAGAUGAAGGAGGCGCAUGUCGGCCUGGCAGAGGACAUGCAUGCCCUGCAGGAGGCGCAUUCCGGCCUGGCCGAGGACAUCCAGGAGAUCCAGGAGACACUUGGCCUGGAGGGCGGUGGGGGCCAGUCUGCCCCCUCCGAGCCCACCCAGGUGGCCAUGGACAGCCAGGCCAGGAAGAGCUCAGCACUGGGGCCAAAGGGACGUGGAACACGGCCUGGGAUGGAGACCGGCAGGGGGACUGCAGGGUCUGGCUCCCUGGGGAUGCAAGCAGGGACACAGGGGCAACCAGCGACCCCUGUGAAGUUGUCAGGCGCUCCCUCUGAUCACACGAGGUCUAUUGGUGCUGGCGCCACCACCCCGGGGAUGCAGCCAGGAUCACGGGGCACCCAGGCCACCACCCACCUGGGGACACAGCCAGGGGCCCCUGACACCCAGGCCAGCACCUCAGGGAUGCAGCCAGGAUGCCCUGGGACCCACACCACCACCCCUGGGGUGCAGCCUGCGUCCUCCAGAUCCCAAGCCACCAUCCCAGGCGACGCCCAAGAGCCGGCCAAGCCCUGGGGCUCCACCAGCACCUCCAGCUACGAGUCGGAGAUGCGGGAGGUUCUCUCACAGGUUGGGCAGCUCGGCAACGUCUACGCUGGUCUGAAGGAGGAGGUGGAACAGCUUAAAUCUACAAAAGCAGAACGUGCGGAUCUUGAGAACGUGCGCCAGCUUUUCCCAAAGGGAGGUCGGCAGAGCAUCACCAGCAUCCUGGCCGACCUCAAGUGCCAGAUGUCCUUCCUACAAGACAUGGCCAGGGCCCUCCGCGGGGAGGAGGAGAAGAUCAGCAAGGUGGAGGAUGCUCCCAGAAAGAUGAGGGGGGCUGGAGCCGACAGAAAAGCAGACGGCAGCGGCCAGAUGACCCGACAGCCACGGCCCAAGGGACAGAAGGUCAAGGCAGAGCGCAAGGAGCUGGGGAAGCAGCAGGAGCCGACCCAGGCCGAGCUGGAGCAGUUUGCGGCUGAGUACGUGAAUAACUUGGUGAUGGAGACAGCACAGCAGCUGCAGGCAGAGCAGCCGGACGAGCCGAGGGCGACGGUGCAGAGCGGGGGACACGAGCACGCAGGGUGCCACUUCUGCAGCCCGGACACCAGGGUGCUGCUGGGGAAGCUCCUCCAGCGCUGCAAGAAGCUCGAGGAGCAGAUGGAGUCCCUGGCCCAGAAGGCGGGCGGCAAGGUGGACAAUUAUCCAAAGUGGAGGAGACAGUCCCUGCAGCAGGACGAGCAGAUCAAGUGCCUCCAGGCCAGCAUCAUGCAGCUCCAAAAGGACUAUGAGAAGUUCAGCUCGGCCCUUGCAAACCUCCAGCAGGAUCGCCAGCAGGAGCAGAAUGACAUCAAGGCUCUGUCCCAGGCCCUGGAGAGAAUCAAGAAGCAGAAAGCAGACAAGGAGGAGCUGCUGGUGCUGGGAAUCGAUGAGAAAGCAGACAAAGACAAAGUCAGUCGCAGCCAGUUUGAGGCGUGCGUGGAGCAGCUGAACAAGGUGAUGGAGGAGGUGACGGGCCAGGAGAAGUUCUUGCACCGGUUCCAGCAAGAGCUCCAGAGGCAGAUGGACUGCAAGCUGGACCGCCGGGAGCUGGGGGCAUUCCAGCAGCAGCAGGAGGAGCGGUGGAAGAGCCUCAGCGGGCAGCUCCAGGAGAAGGCGCUGAAGCCAGAGCGUGACAGUGCCGCUGGGAUUAGGAAGCAGCUGCUGCCUGGUUUCCAUUGCCUGUCCUGUGACCGGCCCCUCAACAUGCUGGCACCUGGACCGGAGCGGACGGGCGAGUGCAGAUACCCCACUGUUACGCGGAGCUGUGGGGGCCCACACACUGUCAGGCCCCCGCGCUUCCAGCCCCAACCGCCCAGCACCCCACGGCCAUCCCAACCCAGUGCCCGCCGCCCCAACAAGAAGGACGCGAUGCAUCUCUCGGGCCAGGACGGCACUGAUGGGAACCAACCGAACAAGCAGCCGUCUGUAACGGAGAGCUCUGGGCUGCCCUCAAGGCAAAGGGGGACGCCAGACACCACAACCUCGAGCAGCCAGCCAAGCACCGCCUCCCCGCUGCUGUUAGCCGUGCUGAAGUGCCAACCAGCCUCAUCUCCCGGACGCCUCACCCAGGCACCGAAGCUGCUGCCACACCGCAUUAAAUCAGCGCCCUGACAGCCGGGCAGGACGGGGGUCCCGGCCCCGGUCCCACCGCCCCGGGCGCUGAGCAGGCAGCAGCUGCAAUAAAUGGCGAUGGGCAACCAA